UUGAUCUUAAGUUUUGUGUACUAUUGACUCGUUUAUUUUUUGAAUAUUGUUCAAUCAAUUAUUGUGAACAUUUCCCUUAUUGUGAAUUUUGCAAAUGUUGACUAUCGGCAUUCAAGAAAACUUUUCAAAUAGAAUUUUAGAAACCCCGAGUUUACAGUGACCGGAGGACGAAAAAGUGGAAAGGACAAAGUGCCUAUUUAUAACAACUAAAAAAGUUUAAUACAAGCUGUUUUUGGUAUAAUAAAACAAAAAGCUAAUUUAGAGCAUAUAUAAUGACUUUUUAUUUCAAUACAAAUUUGUUGUGUCUGUAUCAAAUUUAUCAACAAUUAAAUCAAGUUUACAAAAGACACUGUGCCAUACUAAAACAAUGUAUUUACACGGCAGCAGCUUUUACUCCUCUGGGGUUGAACAAAGUGUAGAAACUCUAUGGGCUAGUCUAAAAAAUGCCAUGCAGAUGAUUCAGAAAAAGAGCAAAUCAAAGUUUUCAUUUGAACGAUUAUAUCGGAACGCACAUUAUAUGAUUCUUUAUAACCAAGGAAAUCGUCUGUAUUCUGGAGUACGUGAAGUAAUAUCUGAGCACCUGAAGCAAAGCGUACGGCAAUGUCUAAUAAAAAAUAUAAACAACAAUUUUUUAUUUAAACUGAAUCAAGAGUGGAACGAUCAUAAGACUUCAAUGUUAAUGAUACGUGAUAUAUUAAUGUACAUGGAUCGUGUUUAUGUUGAAAAAGAAAAUUUACAAAAUGUUUUCAACUUGGGAUUAAUUUUGUUUAGAGAUGAAAUUAUAAAAUAUACAAAAUUAAAAAAUGUUUUAAGUGAUUGCAUUAUGGAAAUGAUACAAAUCGAACGAUGCGGUGAAGUAAUUAAUCAUUUAUUAAUGAAAAACGUAUGCCAAAUGCUUUUAUCAUUGGAUUUCAACUCUCAUUCAUUAUAUGAGGAAAUCAUUGAAAAGCCGUUUUUAGCAAAAUCAGUUUCAUUUUACAAAUUGAAAUCGCAAGAAUUGCUUGCAGGAAAUAAUGCAUGCAUUUAUUUAAAAGAAGUUAAUGCCUACAUACAAGCAGAAUCAAAUCGUACUGUUCUAUAUUUGAAGGAAAGUACUAAACCACAUAUUGUGAAAAUAAUCCAAGAUGAACUAAUUAAAAAGCAUAUACAAAGCAUUGCCGAAAUGGAAACUUUUGGGCUUGCCUAUAUGAUCGAAAAUUCAAAAAUGGAUGAUCUUCGUACAUUGUAUGAAGUGUUUUCUCAGUAUAAUGAAGAAGGUCUAAAUGUUAUCGCUGACACAAUGUCUGCAUACUUACUUGAUGAAGGACGGAAGCUAGUGAUAGAAGAAGAAAUGAAUAUAAUUAGUCCAAUAACGUUUAUUCAAAAAAUAUUAGAUUUAAAAAAGCAAUUCUAUGAAUUAGUACAUUAUUCGUUCAAUGACGAUGUGGAAAUUAAGCUACGUAUUUCUACUGCUAUUGAACAUUUUAUUAUUUUAAAUAAGAAAUCACCAGAAUGUUUAUCGCUUUUCAUUAAUAAUAAACUCGCAACAGGAGCUAAAUUAAUCACUGAACAAGAAUUUGAGAAAGUGUUGGACGAAACAAUGUUCUUAUUUAAGUUAUUACAAGAAAAGGAUGCUUUCGAAAGGUACUAUCAGAUACAUUUAGCCAAACGGCUAAUUCAAAAUAAAUAUGUUUCCUAUGAAUUCGAGAAGAAUAUGAUUUCCAAAUUAAAAAUUGAAUAUGGAUAUGAAUAUACUUUAAAGUUGGAUAAAAUGCUCAAAGAUAUGUCUGCUUCAAAUACUAUAAUCAAAGAAUUUAAAGAUCAUGUAAAUAAAAGCAAUUUAUCACUGCCAAAAGUUGAAUUGGAAAUCCGAGUACUGACAAUGGGAUUCUGGCCUAUAAACGCAGCGAAUUUAAACUGUAAUUUACCAUUGGCAGCUAGCGAAGCGUUUGAAUAUUUUAAAAUAUAUUUUUUGAAUCAGCGUUCGAACCGAAAGUUAGUACUGCAACCUCAAUUGGGUAAUGCUUUUAUUAAUGCCGAAUUUUAUGGACAAAAGAUUGAUCAUGAAAAAGACGAUUCCAUAUGCGCCGUAAACUCUACAACACCACAAAAACGCAGAAAGCACUUAUUGCAAGUAUCUACACAUCAAAUGUCUAUUUUGAUGCUCUUCAACAAUCGUCAGGUUCUGACAUAUUUAGAUAUUCAGCAAGAAACAGAUAUACCUGAAAAAAACUUAUUGCGGUCAUUGGAAUCUUUAUGCAUGCAGAAGCAGCGCAUACUUGCACGGCGAUCGAAAACUCAAACGGAAAAUAUUGAUCCAACCGAUGAGUUUUAUGUUAAUGACGCUUUUACACAUAAAAACACCAAAAUAAAAAUUCUAAAUGUUGCAGCAAAAGAUGAGAAGGAGGCCGAUCGUAGACAAAUACGUGAUAAAGUUGACGAAGAUCGUAAACAUGAAAUUGAUUCAGCUAUAGUACGAAUAAUGAAAGCGAGAAAACGGAUGGCGCAUAAUGAACUCAUUGUCGACGUCACGUCACAGCUUAAAAAACGUUUCCUGCCAUCGCCUAUGUUUAUUAAGAAAAGGAUCGAAAACCUCAUCGAAAGAGAAUAUAUAGCAAGAACGCCAGAAGACAACAAAAUGUAUAUAUAUUUAGCAUAAGCUUGCAUACCAAGAACUUUAUGGAAG